UUGGUCACGUGACGGUCCAAGAUGGCCGCGCCUAGGCACGUCGGCGCUGCAGCUGCGGCUACAGAAGUUGUGUAAGCGAGCGUAGCUGGCAGUUUGUGGAGCCCGCGGGUCCUAACUGACACAUCCAUAGAGAGACGAAGGAGCGUCCCGAGAAAGGUCUGGCACCUCCCCAGCCCCGCCGACAUGAGCAAGGACGAUUUAAUACUCCCGAAGGACUUUCCUCAGCUCCUGAACGACUCAUUCCUGCGAGCUGCGCGAGGAGAAGAAACUGACCAUGUCCCCGUCUGGUGCAUGAGACAGGCUGGAAGAUAUCUACCAGAGUUUCGAGAGUCCCGAGCGGGGAAGGACUUCUUUGACACAUGUCGGUCCCCAGAGACCUGCUGUGAGCUCACUCUGCAGCCUCUGAGACGUUUUCCCUUCGAUGCUGCCAUCAUCUUUUCCGACAUCCUGGUCGUCCCACAGGCUCUGGGUAUGGAUGUCCAGAUGGUCCCAGGGAAAGGUCCCACAUUCCCGGAGCCCCUGAAGGAGCCCGAAGACCUGCAGCGACUGCGGUCCAAGGUGGACGUGGCCAAGGAGCUGGGCUACGUCUUCAAAGCCAUCACGCUGACCCGACACAAGAUCAAGGGCAAAGUGCCGCUCAUUGGGUUCACUGGCGCUCCGUGGACGCUGAUGUCCUACAUGAUAGAAGGCGGCGGCUCCAGCACCCACGCUAAGGCGAAGCGCUGGCUGUACCGACACCCCGAGGCCAGCCACAUGCUGCUGAGGAUGCUGACAGACGUGAUCGUGGAGUAUCUGCUGGGGCAGGUGGCGGCGGGAGCUCAGGCUCUUCAGGUGUUCGAGUCCCACGCUGGCAUCCUGGGGCCCGUCGAGUUCAGAGAGUUCUCCCUGCCAUACCUCCGAGACAUCGGCCGCCUCGUCAAAGAUCGACUGAAGGAGGCAGGACAGGAUGUUCCCAUGAUUGUGUUUGCGAAGGAUGCUCACUACGCGCUGGAGGAUCUGUCGCAGUGUCAUUACGAGGUAGUCGGGCUGGACUGGACCAUUGACCCACGAGCAGCUCGGGAGCUCACAGGAGGGAAGGUCAGCCUGCAGGGAAACAUGGACCCUUGUGCUCUCUACGCUCCGAAGGAGCGCAUUUCAGACAUCGUGAAGAAGAUGCUGGAGGGUUUCGGCACACGGGGCUACAUCGCCAACCUGGGCCACGGCCUCUACCCCGACAUGGACCCGGAGAACGUAGGAGCCUUCGUCGAAGCCGUUCACCAGCAUUCCAAACGGAUGAUCACACAAAUGUAAAGAUGGAUGUGUCGGCGUGGCUGUGUGGCCAUCAAUGCUGAUGAUUGUGGUAGAAAUGAAAUGUACAAUGAUUGCAAUAUUUUAUUAAAAACCAUGAAAAGUA